AUGACUUCUCCCCAUGCAACAGAUGGAAAGCCACCAUCUUCCCUCCAAGCUACUGAAUCUACGCCACUGUUGCAUGAAUCUUCCCGUCAAUCAUUAUAUAUCAGUCAAGAGGAUACGACUGUAGAUAAGGAUGUGGAUCCAAGCCUGUCCUCAACCCUCUUCGCCCCCGAGGAAGACCCGGCAUUGCUUAGUCUCUCCAGAGUCACCUCAAUCCCGCAAGGGCUCGAUGUUGAACCUAACCUCGAGCGACUCCCUUCUGCUCCAGUGAGCCAGAAACAAGUGCCCGGGGAUGCUGAAGAUGGAGUUGCCGGUGAGCCUACUGGCUAUGCUUCACGGUUCAUCAAUGUCUCACCCAUGAGAUUCUGGCUUAUCUUCUCUGGUAUCUUGAUGGGAUACGUGAUCGGAUUUUUUGACUCCACCUUGAUGGCUUCGAGUCACCCUGUUAUAACCUCCUACUUCCACGCUUCGAACUCCGCAUCUUGGCUAUCGACCGCGUUCCUAUUGACAUCUACCGCUUUCCUCCCGCUUUUUGGGCGCAUUUCUGACACAUUUGGAAGGAAGCCAGUCUACCUUUUCGCCAUUGCCAUCUUUUUCGUCACAACGGCAUGGUGCGCAGCCGCCCAAAGCAUGUUCAGCUUCAUCGCUGCUCGAGCGUUUUGCGGACUCGGAGCUGGUGGUGUGUUCUCCAUGGGCAUGAUUCUCUCCAGUGAUCUCGUGCGCCUUGAAUACCGAGGCGUCUAUCAGUCCUACAUCAACCUCUGUCUGGGCAUUGGUGGUUGCCUUGGCUUGGCCUUCGGCGGGUUCCUGUGCGACCAAGUGGGGUGGAGAGGUGCGUUCCUCGUGCAAUUGCCCUUCAUCUUUGUUUACUUCAUCGUGGCAGCUUGGACAACCCCUGCCGACCUGGGCUUGAAGAGGGCCAAAACAGAGAGGAAGAGUCUGAUGCAGCUCCUCAAGAGCAUUGACCUUGUCGGCUCGUUCAUACUUGUCGUCGGUGUGACUUCAUUGAUUAUGGGACUGAAUCUGGGUGGUAAUGUGUUCAGCUGGACUCACCCCAUUGUUAUCACGUCCUUGAUCUCAUCCUUCAUCUUAGCUGUUGUUUUUGUUCGCUAUGAGCGGACCGUGGAGCGGGGAGUUAUGCCAAUUUCGCUAUUGGUACAGGAGCCUCGUGCCAGCCUUAUCUUUGGAAACUUCUUCGGCGCCAUCUCCGUUAACACCAUGGUCUUCAAUGCGCCCCUGUAUUUUCAGGCAGUCAAGCUAGCUACUCCGACUGACUCGGGUCUCAGGCUAAUUGGCUCAACUCUUGCGGUGACGAUCUCCAGUGUCUCGACAGGCUUCAUCAUCACUUGGACUAAACGGCUUAAGCCAACCAUCAUCUUUGGCGACAUCUUUCUACUGCUCGGUGGUUGCGCUGCCGCUUCCAUGGGCGUUGGUACGCCUGAUUGGCUUGCGAUGGUUUGCGUUUCGCUCUCCAGUCUCGGACAAGGAUGCUCUUUCCCCUCGCUAAUGGUAUCGGUUCUUGCCACUACUGAUCAAGAGGACCAGGCCGUGGCCACGACGACCUUGGGUUUGUGGAGAAAUCUCGGAUCGGUGAUGGGUGUCGCAACCAGCAGCUGGAUCUUCCAGAACACCCUCGUGUAUCAACUCGAAGAGACGGUCACCGGCCCAAACAAGGAGGAUGUCAUCCUCCUUGUUCGCAAAUCCGUCCAAGCAAUCGCGAAACUCGAUUCAAUGCAUCAGCAACAAGUGAUCGGAGCGUAUGCUGCUGCCCUUCGCGCUACUUUCUUCUCUGCUGCCAUCUGGGGUGCUCUCAUGCUCAUUCUGCACCUUCGAGUCCGAGUCCCCAGACUGGGAACUAAAGCAUAA